GAAGUAAUCGAAGGAAGCCAAGAGAUAGAUAAUUUCGAACAACAAUUAAUGGCGCUCUUAGAAGAAACAAAAGCCGAAAUCACCUCACAAGAUACUGAAGAAAGUGAUAGAUCCAACCAAAACAACACUUUAUUCGGAAGUCUAUCCAAAUAUCAAGAAAUUAAUAAUAAAAUAAAUCAAAACGAAUUAAUCCGUGAGUUACAACAAAUAGGGAUAACAAUGAGUAACAGAGAUCCAGAUCUCACAGAAGAUGUACCAUGGCGAAGAAGGAAACAAGGAUCAAGUAGGAAUGAAAGUUAUAACGAUAUAGCCAUACAGGAUGAAUGGGGAAAUCUCAUAACCAACACUGAUAACGAAGAAGAUGAUAACGGUGCGGGA